CCGCUUGUUCUUGUUGGGCCUCUGCAGUCAACACUUUGUCACCCGUCGCAGGAUGCUCCAUAGCGUCUGAAAUGAUAUCUGCACGCCGUUCAAGGACGGAGAAAAUUGAGGAGUCGUCAAUUGAGGUCCACACUAGAAUUGCAGGAUAGGGCACCAAUGGAUGUCGCAGCACUGCUUGUUGAAGAGGUUGAUGAGGAUGCAGAUUCGCGUCGAGGAACGUCGAUUGAUAUGGGUGCAACAUGGACUGUAAUAAAGCGCAGUGAGCAUCAGUCGUCGUCCAGACCGGCGGAUCGCGGUAGAGCAAGAACAAAACGUGAAGAAACAGGCGAGGACCCCGAAGGUGGAUGACGGGCUACGGAUGAAUGAACUUGAGACGAACCAGCUGUAGAGCUUCGAGCGCCAUUGGUAGGCCGGACUGCGAUAUUGCUUUGUGAUAAGGAAACUGACGCAGUAGAGUCG